AUGAGCAACGGUAACAUGGAGCAGUACAUCACGAACGGCGAGAACCUCGACGAAGAACUCAGCGUGCUCGAGUUCAUAAAGACGCUAAAACGCGUAAGCCGGAAACCGUCAAAGUGCACAAAACGACGGUUUCAGGUCGAAUCCAACGACACGAUUCAAAGCAACGGCCGGGAAAGCGCCCCGAGUGGCAGCACUACGUACGUUUCUCUUUUUUCCCCAUUUAGCUGCGGCACAAGCGCAGCUUCCACGAAUGCUAGACAUAUCCUGUUCGGCACAACUUGAAGCAAUCUGACCAGUUUGUGUCGAAUGUUUAAAACUUUCAAUUUUUUUCAAAUCUAAUUACGAAACUUUCCAAGCUAUUUUAUUUGAGUAAUAAAAAACAGGCUGUACACGUUCUGAUUUUUUUUGUUUUUGAAAAUUAGUUCGAUGCAGCUAAAGCUUUGGUUUCCACAAGAAGUUACUGGAAACCUUAGCUUGUCACGAUUUUCGUUCUCCUCGGAGCUACAGAACCCUUCUCUUCGAUGCGCGCGAUAUUAUCUCUGAUUUUGCCUUUAAUAGGAAGGAAAUUUCAGCACGAACAAAAAACCCAGGCAGAGAAACAUCCCGCGCGCUUCGAACUGAAGGCUUAUCUUAAAAGUAUCCUUCACAGACAGAAAUCAUAAAUUUUUUAAAUCAAAAGUAAGAAGCCCCAAUUGAGACACAAUUACUACUGAGAAUUCACUUUGAUCUAGAAAAAUGAAAAAACUGAACUUUUGCGUUUUAAAGAGGAAGUACAAACGACCUGUUGCAAAGCAUGCGGAAAAGAUUCGUCCACCGCGCAACUGAGCCCAUCUUCCACGCUUUAGAACAGCAUCAGGUAGGCAGGUGCGACGUUUAUUCCUUCCAUCCACAGUUGCUCACCAAAUAAAAAAAAAAACCUUUCACUUCUAAAAAAACAAAUAAUCUCUCUGCAGCAAAGACGCAAACUCGGUUCCCAAGGCGCCGACGGCUCCAACGGCUCCAGCGGCUCCGACAACGCGUUGA